UAUGGUUCGUUGUUAACAUAAAUGUUUGGAUUAGAGACGCAUAAAAAUCUAAAAUAAAAUAACUUUGACGAACUGAGCGAUAAUUGUUCUCUGUAAAAAUGACUCAAAUAGCUGAGUUGAAAGAAGUUGUUGACAAUGCAGAUAUAACGGUACUAGUUAAGUGUCUAGAAAGUUACAAUUCAUUAAAAUUUUUGGCUGACAUAGACGACUUAAUUAUUAGGAAGUUAUUUAAACGGUUGUUUUCAUCUUGGAAUGUAACUGAUGAGUUAGUUGCUUCUUCAGUAUAUUACAUAUUUGGAAAUUUGUUGGAGAUGCAUCCGAGUCAUUCUGUUGAAUAUUUACCACUGAUUUUUCACCCUAAUAACAUAACGUCACUUGAAAAAUUUUAUGAACUGAAUUCUGAUAAAUUUUUUGAAUGUUUGGUUAAAAUAAUUCAAAGUUUAGAAUUUGUCGCAAUUUCCCUUCAAGAAGCACAACUUUCAAAGUCGCAAAAACAAGUUUUUGAAACGGCAGCAAGCUUCAUUAUUAAGUUACAUUAUAAGAGCAUGAGGAGUGUAACUAAUAAUACGUGCUGUUUUGUUUACAGUUCCCUAAAAUUCUUACAAAAUGUAGUGACUCUUUGCUCUUCGUAUGCCAAGAUAUUCACUGCAGACUUACUUGGUAUUUAUCAAGCUUGUAUGCAAUGCGGAGUUACAGGUAUGAACGUUUGGUUAAUCCCGAAAAAAAUAUAUCCAUCUCAACGCAGUUUAUACAAUAGUCAUGACUCUAAACAUUAUGCUAAAGAGUGCAUAACACGAAAUGGAAGAAAACUAUCUAAAACAAAAAAAAUGCGCAAUAUUACAAAAGUAGUACGACAUCAAGAAAGUAUUCAAGAACAAAAUUUGAUUUCUGACGUAAAUUACUUAAACUGUAUGGCAAGCGAUGGAGACUCAUCUGACGCUGAAUAUGGCAGAAAACCCAACUCAGAAAUGCAUUCGGUAAUAGUCAAAAUUCGAGUCGCAUCAAUGAAUUUACUUGCUGCUGUUUGUAGAAAUUUGGAGCGCCAUGUAGUUUAUGGAUAUUAUUACAUGAUAUUUCCAAAUGAUUCGAAAGAUGUUAAUUAUAAUUUAAUUUAUCUAGCUAAAAGCGAUCCAAGUACGCAUUGCCGAGCAGCGGCUCUGCAAGUUGGUGCACAGAUACUUGCAGGUUCAAAAAUCUAUUUUAAUCAAGCGGAAUGUUCUGUAAGACGAAAUUGCAUAAACUUUUUUCCGUUUUCUCAAAGCUUGGGAAGUAUGAUAAAUGUUAUUUACAAUACAUUAUUUGCAAUAUUAAGUACAGAGGCAUCAACAUUUGUUCUAACACAAGCACUUAAGUGCCUCUCAGUAUUAGUACAGGCCACACCCUUUCAUAAACUAGAAACUGGAAUAGCGACAGGAAUUGUAAGUCAUACUCGUAAACUUAUCUGUCAUCGUGAUUGCAAUAUACAAGUUGCUGGACUAAUGGUGAUGGAGGUUUUAGUCUCAACAUCUAUAUUAACAACAGAAAUAGUGGAUAUAAUCGGAUUACCACAUACAGAUUCGGUACCAUUUAUUUCAAAUAAUAACCAGCAAGUUAAUAUGAUGAGUAAUGAACUAAACGAAGAAGGGUACGAGGAAUUUAUAGAAACAGAUGAGUCGCAAAAUGUCUAUAAUAAAUACAACAAUAAUAUAAACACUUCAGAAUCGUCAUGGUUGUUGCAACAUAUUAUAAAAAACAUGGACACUGACAGACAGCAGUCAAAUGUUCCUGCAUCCAUAUAUGUCAAAAGUAUUAACGUGUUAUCAGCAUUAUCCUGUCAUUUCGCUUUAUUAAAUACUCAUCUUCCAACAAUUGUAAAGGUUUUUCAAUAUGCUUUAGAGGAUCCACUAUUAGAUGUACAAUUAAAUGCAGCACGAUGCCUUGAAAAAUUUUCUUAUGAGAUGAGUCGAUAUAUAUCCAAUACAUCUGAUUUUAAUUGUUUCAAACUAACACAGACUUUUUGGGAAAUUUUAUUACCUAAAUUAGUUGUUUUAAUCAGUAACUCAGCACAGCAAAAUUCAGCUUUUAAAAAUUAUUUAUGUGGCAGUUUAGCUAAUAUUGGAAUUGUCAUUUAUGAACGUUUACCGUAUAUAUCAAAAAUAAGUUUAUUUAGUACUUUAUCUGGAAUAAGUAACAAUAGCGCAGAAAAUACAAUAGUGAGAGCAGCAGCAAUCCGAGCUUUGGCGGUACAUGUUGCAUUUCCAUCAAUACGGAAAAAUCUUGUGUUUGUAGAAAACACUGCCGACAUGACUUUGCAAUUUAUCAAUGAUGAAAACUUAUCAGUACGCGUCAGAGCAUUCUGGGCAAUGGCUAACGUUAGCGAUGCUUUAGUUGCUAAUUUUUACGUAAAAGAGCGGGUGUCAUUUGAUAUAUUGACUCGUUUAAUUGAAGCGUCCAAAAAUGCCUGUUACGACAACGAUAAAGUAAGAUGUAAUGCUGUUAGGGCACUUGGAAAUUUUCUUAGUAUUUUAACAGAAGAUAACUUUGACAACUAUGUUGGUAGAAAAAUGUUCAAUGAAUCGAUUAAAAAACUCGCACAUUGCAUAACAAGUUCAAGUAAUGCAAAAGUGAAAUGGAAUGCAUAUUAUGCUGUUGGCAAUAUUUUUCGAAAUAAUACAAUAUUUGUUGUCACAGAAAUAUAUUCAGAUUUAGAAUGGCAAGAUUCCCUUUAUACUACUUUAUGUCAUACAAUUGUUCAUCACUCCAACUUUAAAGUACGAAUAAGUGCUGCAAUUGCUAUAAAGUAUAUAAAAAUGCGUUCAUAUUUUCAAAACUACUUGAAUUUAAUCUGGUCUUCGUUACUUGCAGCUGUUGAAAAUUCUCAAGAUUCAGUAAAUUUAGAAGAACAUGAACACGUUGACAACUUACAAGAACAGUUAUGUUUAGCAAUUUCUCAUAUUAUUGGAAUAUCACGCCCGGAAGACUUUCCAAUGUUACAGAAAUGUUUGGCAGAAAAGGCUGAAAUCGUAUCAUAUGUUUGGUUACUUGUAUCAAAUCGAAUGAUACCUGAAAAGUCAGUACCAUUAAUUUCAUGCUCUAUAGUUUUAUACGAACGGAUUAAAAAUUUGAAUCAAUCAACAUCAGAUCAUUUAAAUGCGAUGGUUUAUGUUGCGAAAACGUUGAGUUUACAAGAAAUAUUUCCCUGCUUUAAUGACGUGAACACCAACUUUCGGUUUGAACAUCUCCCACACCAAACAAGUGUGAUUAAAAACUAAUAUAUCGUUAUUUUGAUCGAGAAAUAAGUGUUUAUGUCAAAUAUUUUGUAUUUUGUGGAUAAUUCAAUUGCAACUUCAAUUUCAAAGCAAAUAAAUUUAUGUACAUUCUUUGUAUUAUAAUAUUAUAUGCAGUUAUUUUUUUUAAAUUUAUAUUUUGUAAUAUAUAAGCGUAUUCUUAAAAUUAUUACUAUUUAUAAAAAUUAUAUAUAACAGAGUUUAAUAAUUUGGUUUCCAGCUUUGUUAUUUCCGUCUAUAGAUGGGUUAAGGAUAUUGCGUUUUAUAAAUAUAUAUUUGACUUUAUACAUUGCAAUACCAUUCCUACAAAAUAUAUUUAA